UGCACGGCCGGCUUUUGCCAAUGGGGCCCUGCUUCUAUGCAAAUCCUAUUCAUUCCUACUCCACUACUUUUCCUUCGCCAAAUCCAAAUGCCGUGUGCUUUUUCCUACUCCUCUCUAUUCCAGCGAAGGGUCCAACUCGGCCUGCCUUUAUUCUGUUCAAAGGAACUUUCCUAGAAUCGACAGUUCAAAGGCAUUUUUCUUCAGAGUCAGCUUUCUUUUCUUUAACUGGUCAAGCACAACCCAACAGACCUGAUAUGUGCAGAAUUUACCUAUCAAGUCGUUCGAGCAUUUUCCUCCAAGAUGCUCUCACUGCCUAAUUCUCAAAAUCGACUGGAGAAUGGUUCAUAAAGGUGAUUUCGUUGUUAUUGGCAUCUCCGUUGGUCUCACUAUUGGCAUUUUUGUAGCAUCUCUAGUGUUUUAUGGCAUACGAUGGUACAAAAAAUGUUCUCAUCUCCGGCGAUGCGCAACUGAGAAUAGUACAUCUACUCUUCCAAUACACUCAAAUGGCCUUGCUUCAGGCAUCGACUCUAGUUCAGUCUGUUCAGAUACCACAGAUUCUGUAUCAGUUAAGGGAUUAGAUGAUCUUGCCAAAAAUUCUCAGCUUUCUUGGUGGAGAAUCCGUAGUAAAUAUCGGUUUGGUUCGGCUUCUGGCAUUCUUAGAUACUCCCACAAGGACAUUCAGAAAGCUACACAAAACUUCACAACUACUUUGGGACAUGGAGCUUUUGGUUCAGUGUAUAAAGCUACCAUGGCAACAGGUGGAGUGGUUGCAGUGAAGGUUCUUGCUUCUGAUUCUCAACAGGGGGAAAGAGAGUUUCAAACAGAGGUAUCGCUACUAGGUAGGCUUCAUCACCGUAAUCUGGUGAAUUUGGUUGGAUACUGUGUUGAUAAAGGCCAGCGCAUGUUAAUCUAUGAGUUCAUGACUAACGGAAGCCUGGCGAGCCUUCUGUAUGGUCCAGAGGAACGAGUGUUGAGUUGGGAUGAACGGCUACAAAUUGCUCUUGAUAUCUCACAUGGAAUUGAGUAUCUUCAUGAUGGGGCAGUGCCACCUAUCAUUCAUAGGGACUUGAAGUCCGCGAACAUAUUGCUAGACAGGUCAAUGAGAGCUAAGGUAGCUGAUUUCGGACUGUCGAAGGAGCAGACCUAUGAUGGCCGCAAGUCAAGCCUUAGAGGGACAUAUGGCUACAUGGACCCUGCAUAUAUCUCCACAAGCCAGUUCACGACAAAGAGUGACAUCUUCAGUUUCGGUGUAAUCCUGUUUGAACUCAUUGUAGCCAUCCCCCCGCACCAAAACUUAAUGGACUACAUCAAUCUUGCGGCUAUGAGCCCAGAUGGCGUGGAUGAUAUUCUUGACAAGCGACUCGUUGGAGAAAGUAAGCUUGUUGUAGAAGCGAGGAGCCUAGCUCUCAUUGCUCAGAAAUGCUUGCACAAAACACCCAGAAAACGACCUUCGAUUGGAGAAGUUUCACAGGCAAUUUUCAAGAUAAAACAAAAGCGCCUUGCGAAAGAAGUUACCAUGUCUUUUGCAGGAGAGGAUAUAUCCCAGAUGGUUACCCGAAUUGGCCUUCAACAAGUGGAGUUGAGUAAAAUGGCAGUGAAAAAUAUGCCGAUUACUGGAUGACACCAUUUGUAUCCUCGCCCUACCUUUUUUUGACUGUCGAUUAUGCGAAAUAUAGAGAAAUGAAGCAUUGAUCAUAUGCUUCUACAAAGUAAGACUUUGCGCGAUAGCAGUCAUGAAAGCUCCAAAAAGCACUGCAAAAGAAGUAGAAAUAGUUCUAGACUGUUUUAGUUUAGCUUUUUCUCUCCUCAA